CAAUGAUGACAACCCUUUUGUUUCUUUCUUUCUUCAUUUAUCUAUAAAAUUGAUACUCUCAAUCAACAAUGUUUUUAACCAUCCGUGGCAUGAAGGUGCAUCAAUUCACACGUGCUGGUGGGUUCUGGGGUGACGAUGAAUCCUUAUCCUGUGGCCUCACCCUUGGUCUCUGCAAGCGCUUUAGCCCUCUUAACCCUAAGUUGACCAGUAGUCAUAGUACCGAAACUUGUGUCACUAUGAAUGAUAUUAGCGGUAGCAAUAGCAGUAGUAGUAGUCAUGUCACCGCGGCUUUUGAUCUUAGGAGCUUCAUAAGACCUGAAAGUUGUCCUACUGAUCAGCUUGUUUCAUCCGACCACAAGAAAGAUUCUCCCCAGGAUGAGACGCAUCCAGGAGGAACAAGAUGGAAUCCAACACAAGAGCAAAUUGGGAUAUUGGAGAUGUUCUAUAAAGGAGGCAUGCGUACUCCAAACGCGCAACAAAUCGAGCAAAUCACCGCGAAACUAAGCAAGUAUGGCAAGAUAGAAGGAAAGAAUGUGUUCUACUGGUUUCAAAACCACAAAGCGCGCGAAAGACAAAAGCAAAAGCGCAACAACCUCGGCCUCAACCAUUCACCAAGAUCAACCCCAUCCUCCACCAUGAUAAACUCCAUCUCCCUAAACCCAAUAGGAGAAGUAGUGGAGAGUCCAUACAAAAAGUGUAGAAGUUGGUCAUUUGAGUGCUUGGAGAAAGAUGAGGAAGAUGACAAAACCCUAGAGCUCUUUCCAUUACAUCCUGAAGGGAGAUCAAGAUCCUCAUGAAAAGGGAUUAUCUAUGGUUUAGUUGCUGAAAUUCUUAUGGUAUCUUUUGGUUAAACUUUCACUUUCUUUGGCUCUUUUCUUCUUUGUUUUGGGAAAGAAGAAAGACAAUGUAUCCUUGUACCAUUUCAACAUCUUUAUCUUGUUUAUGUUGACUUCGGAAACCGAAACAUGCUUUAUCUUGGAAAAUGUUGCUAGCUAA